UUUUUUGAUAGUUAUCGGUCAACAAGUACGGGACACAUUCCUGUGUUAACUUGUUGGAAAGCCUUCGAUGAAUACGUCUGUUUAGAAAAGUGUCGGUAACUGGACAUGUUAGGUUAUGAAAAAGAAAUCUGUAAAAUCCAGGAAUUUAAAAAUUUCGUUAUGCCACGCAUUCGAAGUAAUUCUUCAAACUUGGCCAUUAUGAGAUCCUCUAAAGAACGCAAGGAUUGUUUGAGACGAAUCUUAGAGCAAACAUUUAUUUUACAUGAUGCAAUUAAUACUACUACAAUAAAAAAGUUAGAUGAGGCAAUAGUCGAAGCUGAUAAUGUCACUUAUGAAACAAGUGUACAAGACAAAAUAUGCAAUCAACAAGAAGUACUUAUCGAUUCGCAAAUGAUGAUAUCUUCUUCCAAGGUUAUAAAAACUUGCGCCGUUUCAUUAAAAAAAAGAAUGCGCGAUUAUGACCAUAUUGACUUUGCGCAGAAAAUAAUAAAGUACAUACAGAAGGAGGCACAGGAUGAUGAGCAGGCAAUGAAUUGGUCUCUUUUAGAAACACAAAUAACAAAGUUAUUCAGAAGGAUUCCUGAUUAUAACACAUUAUCAGGUACACUAGAGCCUUUAGAAAAAAAGGUAGUAAGCAGGAAAAAAAUUGAAAGGAAGGAAGCACAGAAGGCAACAAUGAUAGUGCCGAAUAAACUAGUAUCACAGAAGGAUAACAAGGAAGAAGACAGUGUAGAACAAACCAUUCAAAAAAUCAGAAAAUUAAUUAUAAGUUAUUGCAAGGAAACACAAAGGCCGCUUGAUUUAUUUAAAUUAAUUUUACAUCCCUACGAUUUCGGGAGAACCAUUAGAAAUUUGUUAUACGUAUCUUUUCUCAUUAAAGAUGGAGUCGUAAAAUUGAGUAAAGGUGAACGUGAAAAUCUUGUCGUGCAACCAUAUCGCAAGGCAGCGAGUCAGCAAGAUGAACAAACCACUGACAAAACGGGCGCUCAAACAAUUGUCUCGUUAAAUAUGAAACAGUGGAAUACUCUGUUUUUUUAAAUAUUGACUGGAUGAUAAUGAUUGUAUUACUUGGAUUACUUAUCAUCCGCUGAAUUGAGGAUGUAUCCUUUAUAUUUAAAUAUACAAAACUGCAUGUAUAUAAGAUUGACGCUUAUGUUUUUUUUGCUAGGUAUUAAGAAGAUCGUACAAAUUAACACAACCAAUGAUCGAUUUCGAUGAAGGCCACUGAUAAUAUAAAGAUUAAUAUGUUUUCGGACUCUUAUUCUUCUCCUUAUUUCUAUUUAUAAUUUUGCGUUAUUCCUUAUUUAGAUCCAA